CUGUCGGGUGACCAGCUGUGGAAGGAGCUGAACUGGUGCGUGGAACAGCUGGAACUCGGCCUGAAGAUGCAGAAAGCCACUCCGGGGCAGGCUGCCGAGGCUCUUCGUGCGAUCAAGACGCUGCGCAGUGACAAGGCUCCGCUGGUGAAGAAGCGGCAACUCAUGAGAGCAAUGUUUGGGGACUACAGGAAGAAGAUGGAGGAGGAGCGGUGCAGAGAGCUGAAGCUCACGGAAGCGGCUGUGAGAUCUGCCAGAAUCAUGGAAGUGAAGAGAGAAGUGCGCAGCAAGAGCUGCCAGUUCAUCCGGAAGCGCUCGGGAGCUAACAUCGGCAGAAAACUGGAGCAUACCCAGGAGGAGCUGGAGAACUAUCUGGACAGGCUAACGCACGUCUUGUUCGACGCAGACACCAGGAAGAGGGGUGACCACCACGAGCAGAAGUCCUACCAUCACCAUCACAGACGCGCUGAUGUUCCGUCUGAGCCCUCGGCAGAGGAGGCAGCGCGUUCCCAGCACCUCUCCAGCUACACAAGGGUUCAG